GUCAGCUCCUCAUUGCUUAUUGUGGCAUCCAACGCCCGUGUGCUACUGCCCUACUGCUACCUCCUCUUGAUUCCUAAGCAGACAGAGACAGAGCCCCGGCGACGGCGAGAUGGAAGAGGAGCAGAGCAGCGGCGGAUGGGGCGAGGAGGCGACGAACAAGGCGCCGCUGCUGGAGCCACGGGCGGCGUCGGACCACCAGCACCGCAACGGAACAUCAGCAGGAGACGGGGCUGGCGCCGGCAAGGCGGAGGCGGAGUGGUCGGCGCUGCCGCUGCGGCGGCGCGUGUGGGAGGAGAACAAGAGGCUGUGGGUGGUGGCGGGGCCGUCCAUCUUCACGCGCUUCUCCUCCUUCGGCGUCACCGUCAUCAGCCAGGCCUUCAUCGGCCACAUCGGCGCCACGGAGCUGGCCGCCUACGCGCUCGUCUCCACCGUGCUCAUGAGGUUCAGCAACGGCAUCCUGCUGGGCAUGGCGAGCGCGCUGGAGACGUUGUGCGGGCAGUCGUACGGCGCGAGGCAGUACCACAUGCUGGGCAUCUACCUGCAGCGGUCGUGGAUCAUCCUGUUCGCGUGCGCCGUGGCGCUGCUCCCCGUGUACCUGUUCACGGAGCCGCUGCUGGUGGCGCUGGGGCAGGACCCGGCUAUCGCGGCGGUGGCCGGGACCAUCUCGCGCUGGUACAUCCCCGUGAUGUUCUCCUACGUGUGGUCCUUCACGCUGCAGAUGUACCUGCAGGCGCAGAGCAAGAACGCGGUGAUCACGUACCUGGCCAUGCUGAACCUCGGCCUCCACCUGCUCCUGUCCUGGCUGGCCACCGCCAGGCUCCGCCUCGGCCUCGCCGGCGUCAUGGGCUCCAUGGUUGUCGCCAUGUGGAUCCCCGUGCUCGGCCAGCUCGCCUUCGUCUUCUUCGGCGGGUGCCCGCGCACCUGGACCGGCUUCUCCUCCGCCGCCUUCGCCGACCUCGCCGCCAUCGUCAGGCUGUCGCUGUCGUCUGGCGUCAUGCUCUGUUUGGAGCUGUGGUACAACACCAUACUGGUGCUGCUCACUGGGUACAUGAAGAACGCAGAGGUUGCGCUGGACGCCCUCUCAAUAUGCCUCAACAUCAACGGCUGGGAGAUGAUGAUUUCCAUCGGCUUUCUGGCGGCAACCGGAGUACGGGUGGCGAACGAGCUGGGAGCCGGGAGCGCGAGGAGGGCCAAGUUCGCCAUCUACAACGUGGUGGCCACCUCCUCCAUCAUCGGGUCCGUGCUGUUCGUGCUGUUCCUCCUCUUCCGCGGAGGCCUCGCCUACAUAUUCACCGACAGCCAGGCGGUGGCGGACGCAGUCGCCGGCCUCUCGCCCCUGCUGGCCUUCUCCAUACUGCUCAACAGCGUCCAGCCAGUGCUGUCAGGCGUCGCUGUCGGCGCGGGCUGGCAGAGCGUCGUCGCCUACGUUAACAUCACUUCGUACUACCUCAUCGGCAUCCCUCUUGGAGCCGUGCUGGGCUACGCGCUGGGGCUUCAUGUGAAGGGCAUCUGGAUCGGCAUGCUGCUCGGAACGCUGGUCCAGACUGUUGUGCUUCUCUUCAUAACGUUGAAGACCGACUGGGAAAAACAGGUGGAGGUUGCUCAAGAGAGGCUGAAGAGAUGGUACAUGGAAGAGAACAGAAGACUCCAGGGGUCCAGACGAAACCCUUAGGCCGGCCCUCAGCUCCACUGUGUAUCUCUAGUUUUCCACUCACCACGAGAACAAAACGAGGGAGACGACUGCUCCACGUACAGGCCGAUCGAGGCUGAAGGAUCAUCUCUGGGCUGUAUGGUAUUGUAGACACAAAUAAUCAUCUGGGCUGGGCUGGGCAUGCAGGUAAUAGUGGUGUGCACUAGUUCUGAGGUU